AUGUGGAUGUACGAACUGAGGGUGGGAGCCCAUCUAGGCACAGACAGGAAGUGGAGAGCCUAUAAACAGGAAGUGGUGGUUAAUGGAAACAGGAAGUUCCGGGUUAAGAGAGGACAGAAUUCUAGCGACAUGAUGGAAGAGGAUCGGAGUUGCAUAACUGAGAGGAUAUUAGACCUCACCCUUGAGAUCAUCUGCCUUCUGACCGGAGAGAGUUUUCCCCUUAUGAAAUCUGGUGACCAUGUGACCAUCAAGCUGCCUCAACCUUCCUUCCUGACACCUGAGAGAAAUAGGCAAAAGAUUUUAGAAGUCACCCAGAAGAUCAUUGGUCUGCUGAAAGGAGAGGAUGAAGACCAGAUUAGAAUUAAAGUUGAAGUUAAAGAUGAGGAGGAGAUGUAUACGUGGGAUGAUGAGCGAUGUAAGGAGGAGGAAGAUCCUUCAGAGGUCAACACAGUGAACGGGCAGAAUUUCACGAGCGCAUCCCGAGAGGAGGACAUCGUGCCGACCUGUCCGGUGGUAAAUGUAAUGCUGCCAAACGACGAUCCAUAUUAUCAUAGUGAGGAUUCUUCUAUCAGCGAAUCCCAUAUUGUUACCUCAAGUGCCUACGGAGAAGUCCACGGGUCGGACAGGUCAUUCGAUCCUUGCAACCCUGAGGAAUCUGCUCAUAGCACAUCUGGCCUUCAGAGUGUGGAUUGGUCGCCAGAUCCUUCUAACCCUGAGGAACAUUUCUCCGGGCGAUUAGAUGCUGAGAUCUUUGAUGAAGAACAUACAGGUGCUGAAGACUUUCCUUGUCCCGAGUGUGGGAAACUUUUUGACAAUAAAGGAUCCUUUUCGAGACACUGUAGAUCUCACGCGGUAGAGAAGCCGUUUCGUUGCUCCAAGUGCGGAAAACGCUUCAUGCGUCGAGCUCACCUGAAGGAGCACAAAAGGAUUCACUCAGACGAGCGCCCGUUUGGGUGCCUGGACUGCGGCAAGCGCUUUCUACGCCGGUCGGGUCUUGUGGAACAUAGGAACCUGCUGCACACGUUUCUCGCGGACAGCAAGCUGUUACUUUGUGUGGAGUGUGGAGAAAGUUUUCCGCAUCAGUCUCAACUCACGCAACAUCAGUUAAUUCACAAGCAACAGAAACCGAAGGUCUCUACUUAUUCUCACCACCAGGCGGCCCACUCGGCCAAGAAGCCAUAUCAGUGCCUCGAAUGUGGGAAAUCUUUUGUCACUAAAGAUUACAUCAUUAAACAUCAGAGGCACCACGCGGGCGAAGGCCUCCCUUGUCCGGAAUGCGGGAAACGCUUUUUGCGCAAGUCUCACCUUAGUGCGCACAUCUUAAUUCACACCGGAGAGAAGCCGUUUCUCUGCCCCGACUGCGGGAAGUGCUUCAACCAGAAGUCCUCCCUGACUAAGCACCGCCAGACUCACAAGGGCGAAAUCUUUAUCUGCCCACAGUGCGGUAAAAUCUUCCCCCAAAGAUCGGACUUGAAGAACCACCUGAAGGUUCACACAGGCUUGAAGACGUACGCAUGCUCGGAGUGCGAGAAAUGCUUUCUAAAGAGGUCUCACCUGACGGAACACCAGAGGGUUCACACGGGCGAGCGGCCCUUCCCGUGCCCGGACUGCGGGAAGACCUUUAACCAGAAGUCUGCCCUGACUAAGCACCGCAAGAUUCACAAACGCGGAAGCUUCACCUGCCCGCAGUGCGAAAGAAGCUUUAUGCGGAAGUCGGAACUGAAGAACCACCUGAUGGUUCACGAAGGCUUGGAGACGUACGCGUGUUUGGAGUGCGAGAUGUGCUUUCUAAAGGAGUCUCAACUCAAAGAACACCGGAAGGUUCACAAGGCUGAGCGGCCCUUCUCUUGCGCAGAGUGCGGGAAGUCUUUCUGCAGAAUGUCCUACCUCGUUGAUCAUGCUAGGGUCCACGUGGAUGAGAAGCCAUAUUCCUGCUCCGAAGGCAGCGAACACUUCCCUACUGAAGAAUAUCUGGAGACUCAUCAGAACCUUCACACGGAGGAGGCAAGCUUUCCCAUGAGAUAA